GACGUAUCAAAACAAGGGGGUCCCGUAGCUGAAGCCGCAGGCGUAACAGAAAACACCCGUACUCAGCCUCACGGUCCCCAUCAAACCCGACUUCAGGGAGUAUGCCGUUGGGAAGUCUUCGAGAAAGUAGGGAGGCGACGAGGCAGAUUCAACUCCGCAUAGCCGGCGUUUGUUUUAAUAUUUAAGCUUCUUCAUGAUCCGCUCCAUGAUCUCCAGUCAGUGCGAUCAACAACCCAGAAGACAAUCAGAUAAAUCAACACUUUUCAUCCCAACUCCAGAACAGCAAUCAUACCUUCUCCACCAGUCUCUAAGACGCUUUACGAAACAUCAGUCAAAAUGGUCCGCAUCACCUUCCUCGCUUUUCUCUCCGUCGCCAUCCCAGCCCUAGCCAUCUCCCCGGACCCAGCCGGCGCCAAGAACGUCGGCAACGGCAAAGGCAUCCAGUUCAUCGGCGGCCAGUGCCUGUCUUCCGCCGACUGCGCAUCCACCUGCUGCGCCACCGUCACGGGCCAGAACUUCGGGCUCUGCUCCGGGCUGGGCGCGCAGUUCGAGGCCGGAAAGGCGGGCUGCGGCUUCGGCGACGGCGGCGCGGCGGCGGCGGCGAACACUACUGGCGGGGCGAACAAGAGGAGUUUCCGGGCCUAGGUACCUGGCGAUCG